AUGCAACCAUUCAUCACUGCCAGCUUCAUCUGCGCUUUUGCAAUGACUUGCUUCGCUGCACCUCUGGAAGAGCGUGCUGUACCCAUCCCUGGGGCGUUCUUCGCCCACGACGUGGUCCCUCCAACUUCGAACAUCGACAACAAUGGCGUCUCUGUCCCUGGCACUUCGACAGUGGCAAACGCAGUACCGCCGAAUACGCACGUCAGUGCUCGUGCAGGUCCAUUGCCGGGGGUUUGGGUCCCUGUCGACAACUGA